AUAAUUUCUUUAUCAAAUGUAUCAUGUGUAUUAGUCAGAGCUGAUUCCGAGCUGAGUCAGAUAAAUUCCAAUGGAGCCAGAUAUAUAGAAGAAGAAAAUGGAGAGAAAGUUGUAAUAGCUUCAAUGGCUGAUUCAACUCCUUUUCUGUCGCGUUCCAAUUCUAUAGAGUCGAAACGUCCACCUUCUCUGGAUGAAGCAAUAGAAGAGCGUAUAGGAGAAUUUGGAUGGGCCCAGUUUCUCCAAGCCUUGUUUGUUUCACUUGCUUGGACGUUCGAUGCUCAACAAACAUUCAUCAGCGUCUUCACCGAUGUGGAGCCAAAAUGGCAUUGCGUAAACGACUCCUGUAACUCUUCUUCCAACAUUUGCAAAUUUCCGAAGUUUUCGUGGUCAUGGGAUUUGCCUCCAAACUCAUCAAUUGUAUCUGAAUGGGGCCUUGAGUGUGCUAAUUCACUUGUCAGAGGACUGCCAGCUUCUUCUUUCUUCAUGGGUUGUCUUGUGGGAGGACUUCUUCUAACCUCAAUGGCUGACUCCUCAUUGGGUCGCAAAAACAUGAUCUUCCUCUCAUGUUUAGCUAUGUCUGUGUCAGCUCUACUCACCGCUUCCUCUGCCAAUAUAUGGAUAUACUCAGCUUGGAGAUUUGCCUGUGGAAUUGGCCGUGCGUCGAUUGGAACAUCAGCACUAGUUUUAUCAACUGAGCUAGUUGGAAAACGAUGGCGAGGCCAGGUAGGGACUCUUGGAUUCCUUUGUUUCACUCUAGGGUUUUUAUCUUUACCAGCAAUAGCUUAUAUAAAUGAAGGCUCAUCAUGGAGAAGUCUCUAUCUAUGGACUUCGAUUCCUACCAUUUUCUAUAGCCUGUUGUUUCGCUUGUUUGUUCAUGAAUCUCCCAGAUGGCUUUUCGUGCGAGGCCAUAAACAAGAAGCCGUGUCGAUUCUAAACAGCAUUUCAUCACCUAAAAACUGUACAAUUACAUUGAGCUUUUCCAACAUUUCUGUAGAACAAGAAACUCAAAAUGAUGCUCUCACAACUAUCAAAAUUCUUUUGAAAAAAAGUUGGUGUCUUCGAAGGUUAUUAACAACCAUGACAUCAAGUCUUGGCAUUGGAAUGGUGUAUUAUGGCAUGCCAUUAAGCCUUGGAAAUUUAUCAUUCAACCUGUACUUAAGCGUCGCCCUUAAUGCCUUAUCUGAGCUACCUGCAGCACUGGUCACAUUCUUGAUUGUGGGAAAGGUGGACAGAAAAGUUUCCUUGCUGGCUUUCACAAUCUUGAGCUGGAUUUGUAAUGCAAUGUGCGCUGUACUGGGUAAGUCGCAGACGACAUUGCAGCUCUGGUUAGAGCUUGUGUCUUUCUUCAGUGCCUGUACUGCAUUCAACAUCUUGUUGAUAUUCGCCAUAGAGUUGUUCCCCACUUGUGUUCGAAACUCGGCCAUUUCACUGGUGAGGCAAGCUGUGGUGCUGGGUGGUGUGUUCAGUCCAGUGGUGGUUGCAGCUGGAAGAAGAAAUGCGACUGUUUCGUAUGGGAUAUUUGCCUUGUCGAUAGGACUUUGUGGACUGUUUGUGGUUGGUUUACCUGAGACAAGAGGCAAAACAAUCUGCGACACCAUGGAAGAAGAGGAAAGGAAGCUCAAUGCUUCCCUAAUUAUUUAGUGAUCAAUGUCUAGUCAAUAUAAUAAAUAGUUUUGUACUGGAUGGCUAGAUAUGUUGAUUGUUUGAUUUUGAUAUGGGAUACUGAAUAUUUUAGCC